AUUUGAAUGUAUGCGAAAUUGCGAUUUAAAUUUCUGAGAAAGCGAAAGUCGAGAGCAAAAGUACAUACUUGCUUUUUCCUAAUAUAUAUUGUAUGAUAAAUUUUUUUCUUAGAAAAAAAGAAAAGCAAAGCAACUGAAUAGCAAGUACUGAAAGGGCGUGAAUAAAUACUUCAUUUAUCUUUUCAUUUUAUAUUUUUUUUUCCAUCCCACCAAGAACAUGGCUUUCUAAUUUACACCAACGAACUGUACAGUUUCUAGUAUCUCAUUUCGAGGGGUUCUUUCUUUAUUUUUCGAAUUUAGAUAUUUUUGCAUAACUUUGCUCUCCAAAAAACCAUCGUAGCUUGUGCAAAAAGCUAGGAAAGCCUCAACUUUAUCUCAAUUUGCAUAUAUCUCAAGUUUUGACUGAUGUUCUUCUCUUUCACGUAAAAUUUUUAGUUGGACGCAAAUUCGACUUCAAAUUUUGAUUAUUUUUCCAUACCUUUUGCACUGCUGAAUCACUCCAAAGGGAUUUCGAAUGAAAAAGUCUACUGGAAAAGAGGCUGCCCUGUUUGACCGCGCUGUAAAUCAGUUCGAAGAUGGUCACUUUUCUCGUAGCUUGAAAACUACUCUGUCCAUCUUGAAAAAAAAGCCAAAACAUGCCGAAGCCAUAGCAUUAGAAGGACUUAAUUUAUGUAAAUUGAACAAUUAUCAUGAUGCCUUAUUAAGAUGUCAAUUGGCAAUUGGUUUGAACGCUAAAUCUCGAUUUUGUUGGCAAGCUCUGGCUAUCACAUAUAGGGAUCGAAAGGAUUACCAUAGCUCUCUUAAUGCCUACAAAAAUGCCAUCAGAAUUUCCCCGAAAAAUGAAGGCUUGUUGUAUGAUGCUGCCUAUCUUCAGUUUCAUUUGCGGCUUUAUGGCCCUCUGGUGCAAUCGUGGCAGACGUUAGUUAACUUGGACUCUGAAAAUUUGGAAUAUCGGUUGUGCCUUACUUUAUCCUAUUAUCUUUCUGGCUCUUAUGAACGUUGUCUGUCGUAUUGUACAGAUCUUCUAACAUUUCCCAAGUUGGGUUCUAACGCGUCCUCAAGACUUGCAUGUUUCAUACCCAAUUUGGCUUUAAAACUAGAUCUUCAUUUCGAAGAUUCCUUUCGCAUUUUUCAAGAGUAUUCUUCCUUUAUUUUGAAUGAUUGGCUUCGAUAUGAACAACUAGCGAACUUAUAUUUUCGGUUUCAAAAGUAUGACGAAGCUCUACAUUUGUACGGUAAGUUAAUUGCCAAGUACAAGGAUCGAAAUGAUUUCCUAUGGAGAUAUCUCAAAAGUUUGCACGAGCUUAUAAUUUCCAAAGGAUUGCCCAAACAGGUGCUGUAUAAUAAAUUUCGGUGUCUGCUGGACUUGCUUCCUAAUGCAAUGAACAUCAAGAUCAUUAUCCUAGAAUUUUUGGUAAUUGCCAAUCUUGACUAUGAUUUCUUUUUACAGCAUCUGCUCAUAUAUUCUAAAAAUAAGGGUAUACCCUCAGCUAUUUUGUUAUUAAAAUCAUUGAUACGAGGUAAUUUAUUACUUGCCCAUAAAAUAAAGGACUUUUUAAUAUUUGAACUGCAAAAUACGAACAGGGACAAUCCUACUGCAUGUCUCUGGAACUUUUAUUAUCUCAGUUGUCUUACAUAUUUUACAUUUGAUUAUGCAAGCUCUCUACAUUGGAUUGAUCAGGCAAUUUCCAACCUUCCUACUCUUCCUGACUUAUAUUUAUUAAAAGGUAAAAUCCUAUCUCGUUUAGGUGAAUGGAGUGAAGCUAUCCGUACUUUGACAUUUUGCUGCGAUCUAGACAGAGGGGAUCGUGCACUAGCUAGCCGGCUUGCCAAAACCUAUUUCUAUAUAGACGAAAAUCAGCUGGCAUAUCAGUCUCUUUCCAAAUUUUGCAAAGAUCGAUUUGGUGGAGUUCCUAUUUAUCUUGCGGAAACGGAAUGCAUUUGGUUUCUCAUUGAAGACGGUGAAUCUUUACUUCGUCAACAAUCUUACGGAUUAGCGUUAAAAAGGUUUCAUCAGUUAUAUAACAUAUUUAAAGAAUGGACAAGUAUCAGCUUUCAUUAUCAUACGUACUGUGCCGAAAAUGCGCAAUUUAUGCAGUAUUUGGAAAUGGAUGAAUGGACUAAGACAUUGUGGGAUUCACCAGCAUAUCUUCGAACCGCUUUAGGUGCAACAGUUAUCUACUUAAAAUUACACGAAUCACCUUACUUUAAAUAUGGAGAAAAUGCCACUGCAGUGUACUCGAUGAAUGAAAAUGAGCGACUUCAAUUUGAUAAGGACCAAAAUCAGAGUAUGACAAAGUUACAUCUUCAAGAAGAAUCCAGGAUAAAAAAAAUCAAAUUAGAUGAAGAUGAAGAUCCUUUUGUUAUUGAUCCUGACCUUCUUGGAAUGGAAUUGUUAGAAACUAAAGAUCCCCUUCAAGAAGCGAUGAAGUUUCUGUAUCCAGUUCGUUUAGAUAGCUUAAAAGGAUGGGGAUAUUUAAAGGUUUUAGCAUCUGUAAUUUAUAAAUCUAAAGGCUUGCAUUUGAAAACACAAAACAUUUUAGAUAACUUAUGAUACACUGACAUUCAAAGUCUUACAAGCACAGACAUUUCCAAAAAUCCCAAUAAAAUAUAUUAGUUUUUAUAAACUAAAAAAACAGAAAUCACACCCAAGUUGCCAAGUAUUAUCCAAUAGAAAGUUGCUUUUUUUAUUUAUGAAUCCUGC